UCUCUCUGUGUUGGCGGUGAAAGAGGAGGGGAUGCUGCCGCUUGGAGUCGGGAUAAAAAAAAAGGGGGCCGCCAUUAUUGGGAAGCUGACCAAAAAUAAGACAGAAGAAGCGUCACAUUUGUUUGCGGCUUACCAGGACUCGACAUCACCAACGAAGGCGGGCAUGGUCGCUUCCUCUCGGCUCGUUUCGAAGACACCACAUCUCCAUCGCCCCUUUUGUUUCCUCUUAUUUUUGGACACAACAAAGGAAAUAAUACUUGCUCCAACCAACGUGGUGGCGAAGCAAGAACCACUUGUUAAAAAGAGGCAUUUUUAAAAGCAGGAGCAACAGCGGCACCUCCAUUUUUCUCUCUCCUUGUUUUGUUGAAGAAGACUUUUUUUGUGUGCCGCAUUUGCUCGCUUGUGUCCUAACUAGCAUGUCUGCUAGCGUGUGUCCUAACUAGCAUGUCUGCUAGCCCUCCCGGAACGCGGAGGCUAAUGUGAAAACUUCCCCAGUCAGCAUAGAAAAAAAAAAAAAAAAAGACUUCCCAAGAGAGAAGAAAGGAGUGGACCGAAUUCGGACAGGAAGGAAUGUUAUGGGUCAACCCCGAUAGUGAGAACCUCUUGCAUGGGAACCCUGAGUCCUUGGCAGCCUCCUUCUCUCUCUAGAGCUUGAGGCAAGCAUGGCAGGAUGAACCUCCGCCAGCGAUAAUGAUGGCCAAAAAGCAAGAUGUCCGGGCGCCCAUCUACAACCUGGUCGUGGUUGGGCUGUCCGGUACAGAGAAAGACAAGGGCCAAUGCGGAGUGGGAAAGUCCUGCCUGUGCAACCGCUUUGUUCGGCCAAGCGCUGAUGACUUCUACCUGGACCACACCUCUGUUCUCAGCACUAGUGACUUUGGAGGACGUGUAGUGAACAAUGACCACUUCCUCUUCUGGGGAGAGGCUGGUAGAACUGUGGAAGAGGGACCAGAGUGUCGAAUGAAUGUGGUGGAACAGACAGAAUUCAUUGAUGACCAAACAUUCCUGCCGCACCGGAGCACGGCGCUGCAGCCAUACAUCAAGAGGGCUGCCUCCACUAAACUAGCCUCAGCUGAGAAGUUGAUGUACUUUUGCACAGACCAGUUGGGGCUCGAACAAGACUUUGAGCAGAAACAGAUGCCCGAGGGCAAGCUCAUGGUGGAUGGAUUUUUACUCUGUGUGGAUGUGAGCAGGGGCAUGAACCGCAGCUUUGAGGAUCAGAUGAAGUUUAUUACAAAUCUGUACAACCAACUUGCUAAAACAAAGAAACCUGUGGUACUGGUUCUUACCAAAUGUGAUGAAGGAGUUGAGCGCUACAUUAAAGACUCCCACACAUUUGCUCUAGCGAAGAAAAACCUGCAGGUGGUAGAAACAUCAGCACGCUCAAAUGUCAAUGUUGACUUAGCCUUUCUAACACUUCUUCAACUAAUUGACAAAAGUCGAGGGAAGCCCAAAAUAAUCACUUACUUUGAGGCACUAAGACAGCAGAGUCAACAGAUUGCCUCAGCAAAAGACCGCUAUGAGAGGCUUGUCAACCGCAUUGUAAGGAACCACAAUGAGACUUGGCUCUCUGUCAGUCACCGUAUGCAGUCCGCACCAGAGUACAAGGACUAUGUCUUCCUUGAGGGGACAGCUAAAGCCAAGAAGCUCUUCCAACAGCACGUGCACAGACUAAAGCAAGAGCAUAUAGAGAAACGGAGGAAGGCCUAUCUAAGUACUUUACCACAAGCCCUCUCUGUACUAUUACCGCAAUUGGAUGAGAUUGACCAUUUGAGCUGGUCUGGAGUUCAGAAAGUACUGGAAACAAAGAGAGACUUCUCCCAGUGGUUUGUUGUUUUAGACGACACACCAUGGGAGACCACGCCGCACAUUGACAAAAUGGAGGAUGACCGCAUUCCCCAGGACCUCCUUGAAACUCGCACAGCUGAGGAUAUCUACAAAACUCACCUGGACCAGCUAAGGGAAGACCGAAAACGAGCAGAAAUGAGAUGGGAAUUCAAGGAGAAGCUGAGUGUCUCGCCUUUCAUUACUCCAGGAAAACCCUGGGAGGAGGCUCGCAGCUUCAUAAUGAAUGAAGACUUUUACCAGUGGCUGGACGAAGCAGAGUAUCUGGAUAUUUACAAUAAGCACCAGAAGGAGAUUAUCGACCGAGCCAAAGAGGACUUUCAGGAGCUGCUUCUUGAAUAUUCUGAACUUUUUUAUGAGCUAGAGGUGGAUGCAAAGCCAAGUAAAGAAAAAAUGGGAGCAAUUCAGGAAGUUUUAGGUGAGGAACAAAGGUUCAAAGCCUUACAAAAGCUGCAGGCAGAAAGGGAUGCUUUAGUAUUGAAACAUAUCCACUUUGUUUACCACCCAACAAAGGACACCUGCCCCAACAGUCCUCAUUGUGUGGACUCUAAAAUUGAGCAGAUCCUGGCUUCCAGAUUUCCCACUCGCUAUGCAUCACCAGAUAGUUUAAGACUGGAUGGGGGUAGGGCAGAAAGGAUAAAUCUGGUCAUACUUGGUAAAGACGGGCUUGCCAGAGAAAUGGCAAAUGAGAUAAGGGCAUUGUGUACCAGUGACGAUAGGUACGUGCUCGAUGGAAAAAUAUAUGAAUUAGCUCUUCGGCCCAUUGAGGGCAAUGUACGCUUGCCAGUCAAUUCCUUCCACACACCAACCUUUGCACCUCAUGGUUGCCUGUGUUUGUAUAACUCAAAGGAAUCACUCUCAUAUGUGGUUGACAGUUUAGAAAAGCUUAGAGAGUCAACCAUAGGUAGAAGGGACAGAGAAAAUGUUUUAACCCAACUGCCACUUUUUCUCCUCCUUGUGACUAAGCGUGGGGUGGGUUCUAUAGGGGACAUUGGGGGGGAAACUGCUCAGACUCUUAUUCAUCAAGGGUUGCUUGUGGCUGCAAAGCUGCAGUGUUGUUACCUGGACCCAGCCUCGCCAGGCAUGGGCUAUGGGCGCAAUGUCAAUGAGAGGCAGCUCAACCAGAUGUUGAAGGGCCUUUUAGAGUCCCGUAGAAGCCUAAGAAGCGGCUCACCACCUUUACCCUCUUCAUUGUCCACCCUCAGAGACUCUCAGUCCCAGCCAGUACUAGAAUCAGACUUGAAGAUUGUCAUGUGCCUCAUGUGUGGAGACACGUAUGAUCUAGACCAGCUCCUUGCUCCCUUCUUGCUGCCCCAGCAUUGUCGCCCCGCUAUCAGCCUCAACAGUGGAACCUCUGUCCUACUGGAUCUAAGUAUAGGUGGUCAGAGACAGACAAUUGAGUUGUCUUUGCUGUCCUUUCAUUCUUCAUUCUCUCUCCGCAAGACUCGGCUGGUCCACGGCUACAUUGCAGUGUACUCUGCUCGCAGGAAAGCCUCCUUGGAAACUUUGUGCGCUUUCCUGUGUGAGGUUCAAGACAUCAUUCCAGUUCAGUUGCUUGGAGUUGGGGAAAGCCAAAUGGAGCUUUCAGACUCUGAGUCAGCAAAGGAACAGGUCAGUCAGGGAGAGGAACUUGCUCAUGAAAUUGAGGCAAGGUUUAACACAGUAAUAUGCGGGCAUGGAGGAGUUGUAGGCGGACUUCAUAAGAUCGACCUUUUCCAAACUUUUCUCAAGGAAAUAGUGGAGAAGCGCACUAUUAUUGAGGCAACACACAUGUAUGAUAACGUGGCUGAAGCCUGUACCAAUGAAAGCACCAGCCCUCGUUGUGGCUCACCAAGUCCAGUGAAUCUUAUGGACUCCGAAGACGACAUUGACCCAUCACCACCUUCUUAUCCGACUUUGAGGGAAGAUGGAAGUCUGUGUUCCCAUCUUGGAAGCUUAAAGCUAACAGAUUUAGAUUCAAGUGACACAUUUUCCGUUAUUUCUGAACUCAGCACAUUUGAAAGCAAGUUAAACAACAAGGUGCCUCCGCAAGUGAAACCGAAACCUGUCCGAAAGGUCAAUCUAGGCCCUUACAUGGACCAGCAAGUUGGCACCACCCGCCGCUCUUUGCCCCAAGCUGUCACCUGGGCUCCAGGUAGCGAUGGUGGCUACGAUCCCUCCGACUACGCCGAGCCUAUGGAUGCUGUGAGCAAACCUCGACAUACAGAGGAGGAGAGUAUUUACUCUGUCCCUCAUGACAGCACACAGGGCAAGAUCAUUACCAUCCGCAAUGCCUACAAAGGUCACGCCAACGGGAGCGCUGGGGGGAACGGGUCCGACAGUGAGGCGGAUAGCAGCUCGCUGGAACGGAGAAGAAAGUUGUCGGCCAUUGGAGUAAAGCCUAGACUUUACAGGGACAGAUCCAAACGUCUUGGAAAAUUCAGCAGUUUUAGGACAAGCUUUUCAAUAGGCAGCGAUGAUGAGAUGGGGGGGCCACCCAAGGCUAGUCAGGAUGAUGGAGGAGCCCAGAAGGACAACUCCAUUGAGGAAAAUGAGGACCCCAAAAGGAGAAGUAUCCUGAAGAGCUUGCGCAGAAAUACAAAGAAACCGCGAUCCAAACCAAGGCAUUCUAUAUCCAAACCUAUUGAGAGCAGCUACUUCGGAGUGCCGCUGGUAACCGUGGUAACUCCAGAGAGACCCAUCCCGGUGUUUAUUGAGAAGUGUAUACGAUUCAUUGAAACAACAGGCUUGAGCACGGAGGGCAUCUACAGGGUCAGCGGGAACAAGGCGGAAAUGGAGAGCAUGCAGCGUCAGUUUGACCAAGAUCACAACCUGGACCUGGUGGAGAAAGACUUCACUAUUAACACAGUAGCCGGAGCCAUGAAGGCCUUCUUCUCUGAGCUGCCUGAGCCUCUUGUACCUUACAGCAUGCAGGGAGAACUGGUGGAGGCCUUCAAGAUCAACGACAGGGAGCAGCGCUUCCUGACGAUGAAGGACAUCCUCCGCUGCUUCCCCAGAGAGAAUUAUGAGGUCUUCAAAUAUGUUAUCAGCCACUUGAACAAGGUGAGUCAGAACAACAAGCUGAACCUGAUGACCAGCGAGAACCUGUCCAUCUGCUUCUGGCCUACGCUGAUGAGGCCCGACUUCACCACCAUGGACGCCCUGACCGCCACCCGCACCUACCAGACAAUCAUCGAGAGCUUCAUCCACCAGUGCUCCUACUUCUUCUACAAUCAGCCGCUGGCCGACGGCCUGCCAGGCUCGCCCUCCUCCACGCUGUCAUCCUACGGCGGCGGCGGCACCUCAGCGUAUUCCUGCAUGGCCGGCGGCUACUCCUCCUCGCCGGCCCCGUCCCCUCCGACCCCUUACGUGCUCCCGGCUACGCCCCCUGUCAUCCCGCACUACGGCCCCCCCAUCCACCACCAUCACCACCAUCAUCACCAACACCAGUCGCCGCCCCAUUCCCCACCUCCCACCCCCCAGUCUACCAUCCCUGCCCUGAUGCCGCCCUCCCUGCACCCCCAUCACCCGCCCACGGAACAACACACGCUGUGAAGCAGGGAUCAAGGGAACACGGAUGAGAGGAAGUAGGGACGUGCGCUCGUUUGUAUCCACACCCGCCAUCUUGUUUGUAGAGCUGGAAACACACCGUCACCAUCUUCCUUCUUAAGAAUGCUGGGAGUCAACAUGGAUGCCACACAUUUCACCUUUCAAUAUUCUUUUGCAGUAGUUUCACACCAGGCUCCUUAGAAGCACGCAAAAGAAGAAAAAGGGGGGGAAAAAACCCAACCAACCGGUUCUGCAGAUUGGUGCACUCACGCCUCUCUCUGUCUUCAUCAAGUUAUUUUUUUUAUUUAUAUCAACCCCUCCCUCAAAUGUUUUCUUUUUCUCCCGUGACUCAUUGCUGCAGUCGUCAUAGUAAGGACUUUGUCCACAAAGCACUUUCCUGAGCACUUUUUGGAUGUCACGUGACAGCCACCUUGGGCUGAGUCCUCGCCAGCGCACUCUUGCCGGAGCGCGCCACUGACAUCUAGUGGACAACACGGUUAUUACAAGCCACUAACAAUAGCGUCUCGGUGUCUUUUUUUUUUUUCCUACUGCAUCGUCUUUACAGUCGAUUGUACAUAAAAAAAUAACAUAAAUAAUUGAGAUUAUUCCGCUCACGUCGCCUCAAAACUUGCAGUAGGACAUUAAAAACACUGAAUUACCCGAAGGGAAUUUAGGAAUGAAGAUAUUAGCACAAAGUAGCUGUCAAAGCCAUAAGGCUCAUAUUUUCAUUUUCAUUUUUAUUGGAGGAAAUAAUUAACAAACCACAAUGCAAAGGGGUAUUUUGGCCGCACAAAAAAGAAAAAAAAAUACAAUUUCAUGAAUAGAGUCCCUAUGAUGCGUGGAAAGAGCUAUCAACUCUUCAAUCAUAACAUUAAUUUCGCACUUUUUUCUCGUUAUAACUAAUUAAUAUGGUAAAAAGUUCAUAGAUAAUGAUUAUAACACAAGUUUGCCCUGCUCUUUUAUUUCCAUAAUAUUGCUCUUUUUUCUCUUAUUACUACUUAGUUAAAAUAACUUUGUAAAGUAGGAUCACUAGUCGAUUACAACUUCACACCUGUAACAUUUUAAAAGAAGCUAUGAAAAAGGAUGAGCAAUUUAAUGAAAACAAGUUUUAUUCCUUUACAAUUACACAUUUAUCCCACUAAAAUUAUGACAUUACUUUUGUGUUUUUCCCCCCUAUAUUUUGUGGUAUUAUGACCUAAUUUUUUUUUUUUUAAAAUUUUGAAGGCUUUUUUCCUCUCUUUCCACACUUAAAAGAGCAACUUUUUGAAAUAAGACAGGGCAAACUGUAUUUACACAAAUAAAGUGGUAAUAUUACAGUUGUUUUUUUCCUGGUAGUCUUACAACUUUGGUAUAAUUACUACUGUUGUUACAUUAUGCAAAAUAUAUAUAACAGGAAAAUUCAUAAAAUCAUGAGAAACAAGAUUAAUUUCUUUACAAUGACACCCCCCCCCCCCCUAAAAUUAUGAUUUUACUCUUAUUACAUAUUCUUUCUUUCAAAUUGAUGCUUUUUUCCAACACUCAUAAUAUAAUGACUUCAUGUGGUAUGUUAUUCCCCUUCCUACACUUCUAUAAAAGCAACUUUUUGCAGUAAAAUAGGGCAAGCCAUACAUUUACACAAAUAAAGUGGUAAUAUUACAGUUCUUUUUUCAUUUUUAUUCUCAGAAAAUCAUUUCCAACUUCAUUUAGUAAAAACAACCUUUUAUUCCCAUUAAAUUAAAUAUUUUGUCCCUUCUUCCAAUACUAAUAACACUUUAUUUAGCAAACUUUUUUUGUGAAAAAUUUCGAUUUAUUUUGUGUAUAUUACUAACUUUUUUCUUUUGAAAUUUACGCAAGAUUCAUUGAUAUGACAAAAAGUGGAUUUAUUUCCCUGUAAUAUUACCACUUAAAAAUGUUGACUUUGUUUAUCGUUCUAUAAAUUUGUAACUACUUCAAAACAUUACAAUAUUUGUAUUUAUUAAAUGUAAUUUUUUCUCCUAAUAAUUCCAUGAGUGGAUUCUUUUGAGUGUGGCCCUAAUACCCUCCAUAGCCUGCAUAGAAAAGUGUUAUUUGUCAGCGAGAAUAACAAACACGCUCGUAUUCCCAAGACCACUAUGCCACACUGCCCCUUGUGGCGCUGCUCUGCCACUACACUCUGCUGUCAUCUCCCAUUUGAGGUUUUUUUUUGUUUUGUUGGUUUUUUUAGGGGUGGGGAGACGGGAACAGACAGUCCAUUCAUGUGUCUGCCUGACCGGAAUGGAGCAUCUCAAAUUCCCGGGGUUCAUCCUGCUGUUACCGUGGAAACCAGUGAGACGGGCUUAGAGGUGAAUCGAGCCUUCGUCCAAACGACAUUUUUUUUGUGCUUGAGAGAGUUAAGCAGAUGCUCGCCAAGGUCACCUGCUCUACCGCAUCUCCAUUAGCUGCCCCUCCACGGCCCUAGAGCCUUUUAAACAAUGACCAAACUCACAGGAGCUUCUACACUACCUAAGUGUGUGUGUGUGUGUGUGUUGCAAUGAAGAGUGUGUAUGUCGGACUGACAGCAGCAUCGUGAUCCAAACAAACGUGACGGCGAGGAAUGCGCUUCUCCUCGCGCUCACUAAGCCAGUUUGCUCAUCCGCGUUAUUAAGAGGCGAAGAUGGAGGCGAAUGGGAUGAUUAGUGACCACUGGUACGUGUGUGUGUGUGUGUGUGGACCAGUGUGUGUUCAUGUGUGUUGAUACUGACUGGGAGGCAGCCAAAGACUGGGCAAAAAAGGUGACACUGCAAAAUUUAAUAUUGGAAGAAGAAAAAGGACUGCAUUUUUUUUUUCAAACAGGCGGUGACAGAUGUCUGUUAAAUAAAAAUGGGAAGAAAAAAAAACCUACAUAUAUAAGAAUGGUUCUUUAAUGGUUUAUUGGGGGUGGGCCCCUUUUAGUCGGUGGUGAUCGAAAACAAAAGUUAUUUUUGUGUUAAUAAUUGAAACAAAAAUGGGUGUUUUUUUUUUUUUGUGAGAGAUGCUCAGUAUAAUGCAUGAAUUCUUCCCCAGCAGGGAAGAAAGGAGGGCUUCACCACUUUGGACUAUUUAAGAGAAUGUUUGCGGGGAGGGGAUCGUAAUAAAAAAAAAUUAAAAAGUAAUGAAGUACUGUUAAGUCAAAAGAUAACAAUGUCAAUGCUGAGUAUGGUCAUUUGUCUCAUUGGGAAUGGUGUAUACAGCAAGGCCUUAUGUGAUCUGUAUCAUAGUUAAUAAAUGAAAUCUUGUACAAA